AGGGACGUUGACAGUCAUGGGAACACCGAUCAGUGAUUUACUGAAGGACUUGCGGGGAAUGAACUGGGAGAUUCAGGAGUGAAACUGGUUUCUGCGGCUCUGAGGAACCCGGAGUGUAAAAUACAGAAACUGGGGUUGGACAAUGUCGAUCUCACAGUUUCUGGCGCCGAGAAUCUUGCCUCCGCUCUCGGAACAAACCGAUCACUGAUGGAUCUGAACAUGGAUCGUAAUAAACUGGGAGAUUCAGGAGUGAAACUGCUGUCUGUGGCUCUGAAGAACCCGGAGUGUAAAAUACAGAAACUGGGGCUGAGAGAUAUCAGUCUCACAGAUUCUGGUGUCGAGGAUCUCGUCUCCGCUCUCAGUACAAACCCAUCACUGACGGAGCUGGAUCUGAGUGAAAAUAAACUGGGAGAUUCAGGAGUGAAACUGGUUUCUGCGGCUCUGAGGAACCCGGAGUGUAAAAUACAGAAACUGGGGCUGUACAAUGUCGGUCUCAGGGAUUCUGGCGCCGAGGAUCUCGCCUCUGCUCUCAUUACAUGCCCAUCACUGACGGAGCUGGACCUGGGAUUAAACUCACUGACAGACCGAUCUGUCCCCGCUCUCCGCCGCCUCAUACUGACCCUCCCGAGUCUGGAGCGGAUCUGGCUGCACUGGAAUCGGUUCAGUCCAACAGGAGAGAGGGAACUGAGAUCACUGCAGGAACCCAGACCAGGACUGAGAGUGGAGUUGUGAAGAUCUGAAUGUGUGAACAUCCCUGCUCGCUGGAUGAGGACAUGUUGGCCGAUUUCCUGCAAUACACGUUUACUUUCUAACUGUUCUAACAGAUCCUAGCUUCAGCCGAGCUCUCUGUGAUCUCAGAGGCGGUGCCGCAGUGACGUGAUUCCGCGUCCUAUCCAGUUCACACAUUCCUUAAUUUGCAUUUGUCAUGAUGAAAUCAAUAAACCGCUGUAACUUCC